GAAUCUCCGACCAUGUCGACCUUUAGUUUUACUGCUCCCACCAUCACGCCUUCCCAUGAGCUCGACGAGUACAACGCGCUCUCUGCAUCAGAAAAGCAAGCCCUGCGUGAGGAUCUUUACGGACGAUCAUCGGCAGCGACUGACGAAGAGGAUCAAUCGUAUGUUGACAGCGAAUCGGUGCGCUCGUUGCCCACACCGGAAGGCGUGGCAAUCUUGCUAGUAGAGAUGGAACAUGCUUUGUUGGAGGCGGUUUCCGAACCAAACGGUGAGGCCUACAGGGAAGCUAUGCGUGUCGCACCGAGCGUCGUCCAGUCGGAAUCCCCCGCCUAUGGCUUUCUCCGACACACAAACUACGAUCCGUUAUCCGCCGCUGAGUCUUUGGCAUCGUAUUGGGCCUUGCGUCGCCUACUUUUUGGUGCAGAACGCGCGUACUUACCCAUGACCCUACAGGGUGCCAUGCUGGACCGUGGUAGUAGCAGUAAGGAGAAGGAAUAUGAAGACAUAGCAACCUUGGAAAAGCGCACUGUCUUUGUCAUGGACAAGGAUCAGCACGGGCGACCAGUGCUGUUUUGGGAUCGCAUUCGCUCGUCCAAGCGCUUUGCCUGUCGCAAUUCCGUGUUGCGCUGCUUUUUUUAUUGCUGGCAAUGUAUCUCUACGCUGCCGGAAGCGCAGAAGCACGGCUGUGUCAUUCUAAUGAAUAUGAAGGGGUACGAUAUAUACGAGCACUUUGAUCGAAUCCUGAGCAAACGCGCCUUUGAUAUCGAUCGCCGUAUGCCCAUAAAAGUUCGGGCAAUCCACUUGUGCACCGGUUCGGGAAAGUCUGUCACUGAACUCAUUCUACCCGUACUCAAGCACAUGGCGGGUCCGGAGUUGCGGUUGCGCACCAAGAUACACGCCGGUAGUAAGAAAGAAAUUUGCGAUGGUUUUGCCGCUUUUGGUUUGCGGAGGGUGCACGUGGACGCGAUCUGUCAUGGCUCUUUUCACAACAACGAAACUCUCCGCGCCUGGCUGCACCAACGGCGUGCCUUGGAAGAAAUUGCGACGCCGUGA